AUGUUAAAUAAAGUUGGCAUAAGAAUAUUAGGAAGGAAAGUCACAGAUCGUCUCGAAGCUGAAGCACUUUUGUUCAACAAUAACCACAUUGACAUUUAUUCAGCUAGUUGGGGUCCAAACGACGAUGGAAGAACAGUUGAUGGGCCUAGAAGAUUGUCACAGAUUGCUUUAAUGAAUGGGAUAAAAUUUGGACGUCAAGGAAAGGGUUCAAUCUUUGUUUGGGCAUCAGGAAAUGGUGGCCUAAACAAUGAUGAUUGUAGCUGUGACGGUUAUUCAAGUAGCAUUUAUACAUUUUCGGUUGCAAGUGCUACAGAAAACGGCAAUCUACCAUGGUAUGGAGAAAAGUGUGCUUCUAUUCUCGCGACAACAUUUUCUACUGGAAGCAGUGCGGAAAGAAUGAUAGUAACCACUGAUACGGGCAAUAAAUGUACGAUGGAUCAUUCAGGAACAUCGGCCUCAGCUCCAGUAGCAGCAGCUGUAAUUGCUCUUGGCCUCGAGGCAAAUCCUUUACUUACUUGGCGUGACGCACAACACAUUGCUAUUUGGACGGCACAACCGCAUUAUUUAAUUUCAAAUUAUGGAUGGAGAAAAAAUGGAAUUGGAUUGUAUUUUAAUCCAAGAUUUGGUUUCGGAAUGAUGAACGCUUUCCAUUUUGCUAAUGUAUCGAAAUACUGGAAAAAUGUACCAGAACAGCAAACCUGUACAACAAAUUUUCCAUCGUUUGCGAAAAGAGGUAGUUUACUCAGUGGGUCAUUUCGGAGACGCGAUCUAUUCCCGUAUAUGCAAAUCGUGGAUUGCAUUUUGGAAGUCCCGAUGAGUGCUGCUUCCAUUGCCGAAAAAGUGAUGUUUAUUACUGAAACGAUCAUUAAUUUUGAAACAGACGCAUGCCAAGGACGAGAAAAUGAGAUUAAUAUCAUGGAACAUGUAAAUCUAAUUCUCGACAUGGAUUAUCCAAUUCGUGGUCAUCUUGCAAUAUAUUUAAUUUCUCCUCAAAGUACUUUGCCAUUUCAACAUGUGGUCUGUAAAAAAACUCGAAGUCAGCUUUUAUCAUUGAGACGCCAAGACUAUUCGUCAAAGGGAUUUCGUGAAUGGCCUUUCAUGUCAGUGCAUUUUUGGGGAGAAAAUCCACGAGGAAUAUGGCAGUUAGAAAUUGCUGACCAAAGUAUGUUAACGAUUGGUUUACAUGGUUUUGUUAAUAAUAUAUCACUUAUAAUAUAUGGGACGAAAUAUCAACCAGAAUAUCAAAAAUAUCCUAAAAAUUAUGUAAAUCUAUUCGACAAAAAAAUCUUUGACCUAGAAAAGCAAAUGAGGACGGCCAAUUCAUCAAAAUUACUACAAUCAAUUCUUCAAAUUGCCAAGAAUAAAACUCUGCUGUCAAGCAAAUCUUAUGGCGAACUAUCGAAUACGAUAAUCGAACGAUAUAAGUAA